GUCUACAUCACAUAUCAGUGUAACACAAAACAUUGGCAGGCAGCGUUGAGCUGGAGYAGAGAAACAACAACACAUCUAGCAGAUAACGGAAUUAUAUAAGUAUUCAAAUAUAUUGUCACCAGUAUAUUACCUAGUGUUGUUAAGUAGUUAAUUAAUGUAACUAAUGGUGCUGCGAUAGCUAACAUUAACCCUCAACAUUUCUUAGCUAGCAUAAGCUAGUUAGCUCGGAGCUAGCUAUAUUUGAUAAUUGUUGGAAAGUCUGGCAACUGGUAGCUAGGUUUCUUAUAACCAUGUGACUAGCUACAGUAAUGUUAAAUAUUAAUUGACAAACAAUUUGUUAACUCGACGUUGAAAUAUGUACGUUCAUUCAUCUUCAUUUGAUUUACAAGGCGAGCGAAAAUCUAUGUAUAAACAGUCUGAAAAUAGGUUCUUCAAAUGUGGUGAAAAGACAAGCCCUAUCAGUGUAAUUUUGGUUACUUCGGGUAGCCGAGGGAACAAAUUGCUCUUUAGGUACCCAUUUCAACGGGUUGCAGAUUGCACAUCAUCAUUCACGACAAAACAGCGAAGUCCAUAUGCAUUGAACACUACAGGAGAUGUUCUUGAAGACCCAGAUGGAGAUUCAAGAGAACAAACUCCACUAACUGAUGAACAGUUGGUAGCAGGGUUCUCUGACAUCAUCCUCGCCACUAUCUUGGCCACCAAGUCUGAUAUGUGUGGGAAGAAGUUUGAGCUGAAGAUAGACAAUGUGCGUUUCGUUGGGCACCCCACCCUCCUCCAGCAUCCUCACACCAUUCAGGCCAACGCCGACCCGUCAGUCAUCAGCUGCAUGCACAACCUGUCCCGGCGCAUCGCCAUCGCCCUGCAGCACGAGGAGCGCCGCUGCCAGUACCUCACCAGAGAGGCCAAGCUGAUGCUGGCCGUGCAGGACGAGGUCACCAACAUGACCGAGACUGAUGGCAGCCCUCAGUCACCGUUCAGACAAAUCCUUCCUAAAUGCAAGCUUGCCAGGGACUUGAAGGAGGCAUAUGACAGCCUGUGUACAACAGGGGUGGUGAGGCUCCAUAUCAACAACUGGCUGGAGGUGAGCUUCUGUUUACCUCACAAGAUCCACCGGGUAGGGGGMAACCACGUACCCCCAGAGGCUCUGGAGCGUAGCCUCAAGGCCAUAAGGCCGUAUCAUGCUCUGCUGUUGCUGGACAGUGAGAAGGCUCUGCUGGCCCAGCUGCCUUUGGAUUGCUCUCCUGCUCUGGUGCGCCUCAUUAAGACCUGCUCUGCAGUCAAGAACCUGCAGCAGCUGGCACAGGAUGCAGACCUGAACCUGCUACAGAUCUUCCAGAUUGCUGCUCACCUGGUGUACUGGGGAAAAGCCAUCAUAGUAUACCCUCUGUGUGAGAACAAUGUCUACAUGCUGUCCCCACACGCCAACAUCAGCCUGUACUCUCCAUUGGCUGAGGCGUUUCGCCAGCAGUUCCCAGGUUAUGACCUGCCUUCCAUGCUGGCCAAGUUCUCCCUUCCCCUCUCACUGUCUGAGUUUAGGAACCCACUGGAUGCGUCUGUGCAGGAGGCCCAGCUGAUCCAGAUGGUGGUGUGGAUGCUCCAGCGGCGCCUGCUGAUCCAGCUCCAUACCUACGUGUGUCUGCUGGUGCCCCCCAGUGAGGAGGAGCCAGGUCUGCUGCGGGAUGAGGAGCUCCCCCUGGUGACCCGGGUGGGGGGCCGCAGCCUCAGCACGCCCAGCGCACUCAGCUUCGGAUCYCCAACCAGCAGUGAUGACAUGACCCUGACCAGUCCCAGUAUGGAUAACUCCAGUGCAGAACUGCUUCCUGGUGGAGACUCUCCACUAAACAGGAGGAUGACCGAGACGUUAUUGGCCAGCCUGACAGAGCACGAGCGCCAGGUCAUCCUCAACAUCCCGGCUGCACAGAGCCCUGAAGACCUGCGCAUGUUUGCCAGGCUGCUACACUAUUUCCGAGGGCACCAUCACCUGGAGGAGAUCAUGUAUAAUGAAAACAUGAGGCGCUCUCAGCUGAAGACCCUCUUUGACAAAUUCAGAAGUGUUCUGGUGGUCACCAACCAUGAGGACCCUGUCAUCUCCCUCUUCCAGUCUCCUCUGGAAUAGAGAGAGUAGAGAGGUCUGUCAUCUCCCUCUUCUAGUCUCCUCUGGAGUAGAGAGGUCUGUCAUCUCCCUCUUCCAGUCUCCUCUGGAUUAGAGAGGUCUGUCAUGAGAUGAAGGACCCUUUCUGAAAUACCAGACGGACAGAAUGAUACAGACUGCUGCUAUACAAAGGCCUUAUUAUGGUGCUUGCUGCUUUCAGCCAACUGGAUAAUAUUGCAAUUUGAGGUAACUAAUAUACUGUACUCAUCUAUCAAUGCACUGAAAAAAAAAUACUGAUUUAAAAAAGCAUAACUGUCUGCUCUGCUUGGGGGAAUGUGAGUAAAUAUAUAUAGCUUUUAGAUGAUUUAAUUUGUCCCUUUGUCUCUUAGAUGUUUUACGUUCAAUGCCUUGUUUUCAAUACUACAUGAUUGAAUAA